AUGGAUGUUACAUCCUUCUCGCGCAGAGAGGAUUUCUCGUCGCCGAUCUGGAAUUUUGACGGCACUAACCAUUACAAACAAUUCUCCUCUCCAUUAUCUCCCAUAUCUGCUGAUUUGCGUAACGAAGAACGUAAAACAUCAAUGGAACAACAAUUCGAGAGUGAAUAUCAGGAUCAACUGCAGCAACUAGAUCAGGCAGUGGCAACAGCAAAACAAAUUGAGCGAGAGCUGUUAGCAAAAGUUCUAGAUGUGGGAUAUACGGCUGAUAGCGCCAGUCAGUGGCUUAAAUUUAUUGAAUUGAUAUGGGGAAAAUUAAACUGUCCCUUAGUGUGUUGGGCCGAUGGAGCGUCUCAACAUUUGCCCAGUCAAGCGUAUAUUUGGUAUGCAGUGAACAGAUCAAGAAUUUCUGACUUUGAUACAUUCGUGGCAAAUUUAUUGAUGGAAUUUGAAACAAAGCCACGUUUCAGUAGUGGAUCGGCUGAUGCAAAUGCAACCGCGCCAUCGGUACCAUCAGCAGCAAAGGGUCCUCCAUUGAUCGUUCGUCAAGAUCCAGUGGAGCUGAAUUUUGAACUUUAA